GUGUUUGUCGCAGCGUUGGCAGCGAGGAGGAAACGCUUCAAACUCCUGCACGGUGCUCUCGCUGCUUGGAGCGUCCAGCGCCUUCAUGGGCUCACUGUCUGCUGGACCUGUGGCCGAGCCUUUCCCAUUUCCCAAAUUUUACGGCUCGACUCCUCUCCUCGCGUUUCAGUCCCACCCACAGGAGAUGCGAGCGGAGAAGGCGAGGAAGAGAGGAAAUCGAUUUUUAGAGACUUCUUUUCCUCUGAAGCACCACCCGUUUCUCAUGACAGCAGCAGCUGAUCACAGCUGGAUCAGCUGUCAGUCGGCUUCAACAGCUGUUUAUGUCUGAACUGAUCUAAUACUAAUAAAGAUACAGUUAUUAGUGGCAGAGCAGAAGUGUUUUCUCUCUGUAGCCUGUUACCUGUUUAACAAACACCUGCACAUGAAUAACAGCUGUAGUCUGUAUUUAUACUGUGGACUGAGUCCUGCUUAGAGGACCAGGAACCAUCUCUACUGGCACAAUAUCUUUAUAUCAUUUAUUUGUUAUUAGCGUCUGUAGUUAUUGAUAUUCUGACGCUACAAAAUGUUUUCUUAGGCUAAAUGUUUGAGGGAAAAUUUAAAUGAUGUAACUCAUAUCAAACCUGACGCUCUGGAAUUAUCAGCCUCACAUUUGACUAAAUGGAAAUUAUGUAAAAGGUGUAAAAAACCGACCCACCUUCUCUCUCUGACUUUAAUUGUAUCCUUAAUAAUAAAAGUUAAUGGGGGAAAUAAUAGAUCAUGAAAAGACAAUCUUUUUAAUAAAUGAAGAAAGUUCUUUGGCGAUAUUUGGUGUGGCGUCCAAUCAAUAACUGAUAUCCAAUAAGGGGGCGUGUCGGUCUGUAAAAAACUUCCGUGAAGGAUACACAGUUGUAUCCUCACUUAUGCAUCCACCUCUUCGCUCCUCGCUCCUUGAUCCUCGCUCCUCGAGAUGCAUUUUAGGAAUUGGGAUGUCCUUCAAGAUGGAGCGGGGAGAUCAUUUUCCGGGUCACAAGCCGGAGGAUUGAGGAGCGAGGAGACAAAGAGGCGAAAUAAGGGGAAAUGAGAUGCAGCUUCGCUCUCCUCGUUUCCUUGUCUCCUUUCUCUCUCCUUGUUUCCUCAUCUCCUUUCUCUCUCCUAGUUUUCUCGUCUCCUCUCUCUCCUUGUUUCCUCCUCCUUUCUCUCUCAUUGUUUCCUCCUCUUGUCUACUCUUUCUCUCCUUGUUUUCUCAUCUCCUUCCCGUCUCCUUGUUUCCUCUUCUCCUUUGUCCAUAGAUAUCCUCAGUGAGUAGGAACUUGAUCAGUGUAUGGGUCGGGGUUAAGACAGAAAUGUUAAACAGUUUCCUGUCUGCAAUAACUUUGGAGGACAGAGGAGACGUGAAACAGUUUCCUGUCUGUAGUUUUAUUUUGGAGGAUUUUCAGAAGUUCCAUAUCGAUGUGUCUCUGGUGUCUGAGCACGCUCAGUGUGUCCUUCCAGCCUCUGUGGUCAUCAGCAACAUCCGCACAGGAAGCCGCACCAUCCUGCACAUGAACAGGAACCUUCCUGAUGUCACAGCGGAGGAUUUCUCCAAAGUCGAUCUCCGUCAGUUCAAGUGGAUCCACUUGGAGGGCCGAAAUGCUGAGGAGCAGGUGAAGAUGAUCCAACAGGUAGUGGUGUAUAACAGCAUGUUGCCACAGCAACAGAGAAUCACCGUCUCCGUGGAGAUAGAGAAGACCAGAGAGCCGCUGUAUCAGCUGUUUCCUCACGGUGACGUGGUGUUUGUCAGUAAAGACGUGGCUCGUCACUUUGGCUUCCUGUCAGCUGAAGCUGCUCUGAAAGGAUUUUACAAUCGGGUCAAACAGGGGGCUGUCCUGGUAUGUGCGUGGGCAGAAAAAGGAGCGGAUGCUUUGGGUCCCGACGGUUUAGUCGUUCAUUCAGACGCUUUUCCUCCUGAAACCCUCGUCGAUACUCUCGGAGCCGGUGACACUUUCAACUCUGCCGUCAUCUACACACUGUCCAAAGGUGGAAGUUUGCAGGACGCUUUGACCUUCGGCUGCAAAGUCGCUGGCAGGAAGUGUGGUUUCCACGGUUACGACGGCAUCGCCGAAAUGUGCGACGACUGAAGAGUUUCAAACAGUAAUAAUUAAUGAUAAGUAAUACGAAACUGUGAACAAGCUGCUAAUAAAAUGAUAGUGAAGUGUUAAUUAACUGUGUGAUGCAGUGAGUGUAAAUGAAGUAACAACUUGUUAAAAUGAGUUAUUUUGCUGUAUUUUUUUUUUACCUGAUGAGAAUAAAAUCUGUCAAAUUGAUCAAUAAAUUACGUUAUUGAUCUGAAA